AUGUACCUAUCUUCUGCUCUGCUCCUGGUCACGCCGAAGCAAUGUGAAGACCUUUACCUUUAUUUGGUCGUUUCUCAACAUGCAAUCAGCGCGGUACUAGUUAGAGCGGAAGGCAUACAGAACCUGCCAAUCUUCUACAUGAGUAAAACCUUGCUCCGAGCUGAGUCAAGAUACUUGUCGUUGGAGAAGCUCGCAUUGGCGCUAAUGAUGGCCUCAAGGAAAUUGCCACAUUACUUCCAUGCUCAUACUAUUGUGGUACUGACCGAGUCUCCCUUGAAAGCCUUGUUUGAGCGGGCAGACUUUUCCGGCCGAAUUCUUAAAUGGGUAGUUGAGUUGGGGCAGUUCAACGUCAAGCUUCAGCCCCAAACUACAAUCAAAGCCCAAGCCUUGGCUGACUUUGUUGUGAAAUUCUCUCCCGGAGUUCAUCCAAUUUGCCCGGUGGAUCUUACCGACGCAAUCGAACUUUCAAUGGUCAGCCUGGCAGAAGUUGCACAACCCCUCAUGCAACCAAAUGUUAAAGACGACGCGGAAGUUGCUCGCCCAUCUACUGACCCAUUACUCAAAGGCCCACUUCAGCCUAGCAAUGCGCCGUUGGAUUUGGAAAUGACAGGACAACCUGUUGGAUCUAACACCGCAUCGCCAAAGGGGGAUGAAGACAUGUUUGGUGCAACUGUCAACGGCGAGCUUGCCGCUAAUGUAGUCGAGCAACUUUAA